GGGGGUUCUUUGCAGUUUGAACCGGCUGGAGGGACUCGCAGGAGAGGGCUGGAUCGUGCGACAGGGCCGAGGGGAUGAUUGGCAAGGACAAGGGAUCCCAGCGAUGGAGCAAAGGAAGGAAGUGAGAACCGAGGGUGGAGCAGCGAGAGAAGAGCAGCGGGAGGAAUCUGCCUGAAGAGAUCCAGCGAGAGCCCACGGGCUGUGCAGAAGGGCCUGGCCGACGUGUGGAAAUACCAGGGAGUUGCUGCUGAUCCUUUGCUUGGCCUGUGACAGCCGGGGAGGGGCUGCAGCUGGCGGACGGGACAGGAGGGCGGAGGGACGAGAACGCGCUCAGUUGUCUUCCCACUUAAAGGCGGUCUCGGAAUAACCGUGCAGGCCUCGCGGGACUAUUCCCAUGAGUGAGCAUCACUCCCGGCCAUGGAGACCGACGCCGCUUCUGCCGCCGCCUCCUCCCGCCCCGGGGCCACCUUCAAAGAGGAGCUGCUCUGCCCCAUCUGCUACGACCCCUUCCGCGAGGCCGUGACCCUGGGCUGCGGCCACAACUUCUGCCGGGCCUGCGUGAGCCGCUCGUGGGAGCACCAGCCCCGCCACGCGUGCCCCGUGUGCAAGGAGCUGGCCCCCCUGGGCGAGCUGCGGGUCAACCACACGCUCAACAACCUGGUGGAGAUGCUCCUGCGGGAGGAGAGCCGGAGGGGCGCCCCGGCCGGGCCCGCCCUGUGCGCCCUGCACCGCGAGGAGGCCAAGCUCUUCUGCCACGACGACAAGGAGCUGGUGUGCGCCCUGUGCCAGAGCGCCAAGCAGCACCAGGGCCACAAGGUGCGGCCGGUGGCGGAGACGGCCAAGGACUACAGGGCCAAAUGGAGGAACAUGGAGAACUCCCUGCGGGACAAGGUGAAGGAUUUCGGGGCAGUCCGGCGGUCGUACGAGUCAAUCUCCAAGCACAACCAGGUGGAGGUGGCCAGGCUGGAGGAUCAGAUCAGGAAGGAGUUCGAGAAGCUGCACGAGUUCCUGCGGGGCGAGGAGAAGGCCGUGCUGGCGGAGCUGCACGAGGAGGCCCGGCACAAGCGGGGCCUGAUCGACGGCAAGAUCACGAAGCUGUCGGAGGACAGCGAUGCCCUGCUGCACGAGGCCAACCAGCUGCAGGCUGACCUGACGGAGGACGAUGUCUCCUUCCUCAAGAAACACAAGAACCGCAAGCGCAGAAUUGCCUGCACGGCAGAGGAGCCGGAAGCCAUCCCGCCGGGAAUGCUGGUUGAUGUCCCCAAGUUCCUGGGGUCCCUGCAGUAUGACGUGUGGAAGAAGAUGCUGGACAUCAUUACAGUAGUUCCCUUCAGCUUUGACCCCAACUCUGCCGCGGGCUGGCUCUCCGUCUCCAGCAACCUCACCAGCAUCACCAACGGCAGCUACAAGCUACUGGUGGACAACCCGGAGCGCUUCUCCUCGGCCCCCUGCAUCCUGGGCUCCCGGGGCUUCUCCAAGGGCUCCCACGCGUGGGAGGUGGACCUGGGCGGGCUCACGAACUGGCGCGUGGGCGUGGCCAAGGAGCGCGGCAGCCGCCGGUGGAACUUCCACCACGACGCCCGCUCGGGCUUCUGGUACAUCUACCGCCUGCAGGGCGCGGACAGCGAGAUGUGCCGGGCCUCCAACUCGGCCAGGUCGGAGACGGCGCUCCGGGACCUCAAGCGGAUCCGGGUGGAACUGGACUGCGACGAGGGCGAGCUCUCCUUCUACGACGCCGACCAGAAUAGCCACAUCUACACCUUCCAUGAGCAGUUCAGUGGCGAGGUUUUCCCCUAUUUCUACGUGGGCAACCCAAAGCCUGAUACGCCGCCCGGGUCCCUCAGGAUCUGCCCUCUGCGCGUCCUGAUCAAGGAGGACCUUCCACUCUAGGCUGCUCAACACAACCGGUAAAGGCUCCCCCUCCUGCCUUGCCCGUUUCCCAUCUUCCAAGAGCCUUUCGACAGUGUCUGCCAUCAGGCUGUGCUCCAAUGGACUAACCCCCUCCAACCCCUGGUUUCUUGCUUGGGGUUUCUCACGGGAAGCUGUUACUGGUGGGUUUUUAUUUUCUACUGUUUGCCUCCGUAACAGAUUGUGGCUUUUUUUUCCUUCUUUUUAAUAAACGUCGGUGGUGGCAGGACACA